AUGACUUGUCCAAAAAUUCAAAAAGAUAUUGUAAUUGCUUGCAAGAUUGAAACAAUUAAGGGCAUCAUAAAGGAACUAAAUGGUGAUUAUUUUUCCUUAUUGGUUGAUGAAUCUUUUGAUGUUUCACGCAAGGAGCAAAUGGCGGUUGUUUUACGAUAUGUUGAUAGAAGAGGAUUUGUGAUGGAGAGACUUCUUGACAUUGUUCAUGUUAAAAAUACUAGUGCUUUAUCUCUAAAAGAAGCAAUUGUCAAUUUACUUUCUCAACAUUCCUUGAGUCUAUCUUAUGUGCGUGGACAAUGCUAUGAUGGAGCAAGUAAUAUGCAAGGUGAUAUCAAUGGCCUUAAGAUGUUGAUUAAGAAAGAAAGUAGAUCGGCUUAUUCCAUACAUUGUUUUGCUCAUCAACUUCAAUUAACUCUUGUUGGUGUUUCUAAAAGAUGUCUUCAAGUUGGAGAACUUGUUCAUUUGGUUUCAAAUAUUUUUAAUGUUUUGGCGGCUUCUUAUAAACGUAUGGAUGAUUAUCGAGAAUCUCAAAAAAAAAUAAUUCAAGAAGCUUUUGAUAUGGGUGAGCUUAAAACGGGUAGAGCCUUGCNNNUUUUUUCUAGAGUCGGUGAUGGUUCGUGUGUUGUGAGAGCUUGGUGA